AUGGAUACAAACUUUGAGCUCAUGAGGAGCCUUGCUCCCGAUGCGUCCGAUGAAAUGAUCAUAGGCAAAAUAGCUGCGCUGAAGAAGCACCCUAAUAACUUGGAUGCUGCUGUGGGAGCGCUCUUUGAUCAGGGUGAUUUACUAGAAUCGGUCAGCGGCUCACAAUACAAUCCACAUUCCCUCCUGGAAGCACAAACAAAACUGACACUUGGGUCAGAAUAA